AUUAUUGGAACAACGGCUCUGUUAGGUGUCGUUGGUUAUCGCUACGUUGAGGCGCAGAGAAGAGAGCAGGAAAGAGCCAAGGCUGGUGAGUAGCUUUCAUGUGUGUGUCAUACGAGCAACCAGCGUAUCUGAGAAUUUUGUAUCGUAUUCUAGGUGCCAUUGGCCGCACAAAGCAAGACACAGAAGCUCGGCUUGAAAUCGCCAAAAAGCAAGCCGGCGAUAUUUACGACGAUUCAAAGAGAAAAGUAGACUCCCACAGUAAGGAUGUAGCUGCCGCUAAGGACUCCUUGAUUGAUACAACCAAGAAGGAGGCCUCCAACGUCUCUAGCAGCGUGCGUGACGCAGCCAGUCAUAUCGCAGGAGAAGCCGAUACACUCUACGGCCAAGCUAAAAAAGUGGUGAAUGACGAAAAAGAUUGGAUCAAGAAAGAGUAUGAGCAUACAAAGCACACCCUUGGUCAAGAAAAGGAAGAAAUCAAGAGAGAAGCAGACAGAUUUGCCGCUGAACACCAUUUGAAGGAGGGUGAUACACCCACCGACAUCGUGGUAGCCAAAAGCCGUGGCGAGCGAAACGAAUUGGCUGAGGAGAUCAAGCACUCUUACGAUCAAACCAAGGGAAGAGUUCUGAGCGAAAAGGAACGCCUGGAAAGAGAAGCUAAAGGUAUUUUUGACAAGGCCGUCGGCGAAAAGGACCGUGUGGCCAAUCAAGCUAAAGGCUCUUACUACGAGGCCAAAGACCAAGCUAAAGGUUCUUAUUACGAAGCCAAGGAUCAAGCCAAGGGCACUAUUGAUGAGACCAAGAAGGAGGCAACUGGCUUCUGGGCUAGUCUAACUGGCAAAGCUCAAGAAAAGAAGGCGGAAGCCGAAAAGUCAGCUCAUGAUGUUUAUGAUAAGGCAGUGAACGAAAAGGACCACUUGGAGCAACAGGCCAAGAGCACCUAUAAUGAAGCCAAGCAACAAGCAUCUGGACUUUGGUCUGACGUCAAGGGCAGCGCUGAGCAAAAGAAGCGGGAGGCUGAGUACAAGUCGGACGACCUAUACAACAAGGCUGUUAAUAAGAAGAACGAGUUCGAACGCGCUGGACGACAAGCUGCAGAUGAGGCAAAGGGUACAUUUUAUAAUGCAAAGAGUGAUGCUGAACGAAAGGCAAACGAAGCUAAGUGGCGGGCUCAAUCUGACGCCGAUUACGUCAAGGCAAAGGCUGAAGGCAAGAAGAACGAGGCCGCUUCUACCCUUGGAUCCAUCAUCAAUGCCACCAAGGAGAAGAUCAACGACACCUUUGAUACUCGUGAAGACGGCCGCCGACCAGCCUCUGUGGUUGUAGCUGAAGAACGUCCCAUUGUUGCAUAAAUAAUUUUUUUUACACAUUUAUCUUUUGAUGAUUUGCUUUUAAUGCGCUUUUUUUUUUCUUGGUUGAGACAAGUGAAUCAAGUAAUAAAGAAAAAAGAAGAGGAAAACAAACUUGAAUGAAAAAAUUGUAGACAAGACGUUGGUAAAAAAACAUU